CGGGUCCUCUGGAAAAUUAGGGUUUUCUUAGUUUCCUUAUUUAAACGGAAAUCGACAGUGCGAAUUUUGGUUCCCACAAAGACCUUUUUUUUUACCACACAUGUACAAGACCUUAUAAAUUGUAAUAAUUGUCUAUUGGGGCCAACUGGGUCAAGAGACAAGACUUGGUCUUCUACUUCUUCUUCCCCUUUCAUAAAUAUUUCAUUUCUCAGGUUUCUAUAUAGUUUCUUCUCUACCUUUUUAUAAAUUUUCUGCUUGUCUAUCUCUUACAUUAAAUCUAACCCUAAAUCAUUAGUAUCCCUAAUUACGUUUUAAAAAUCCCAACUCCCUUUUUAAAUAUAUUUUGUUUGUUUUUUUCUCAGUUUGAUAUUGGCAUGGCUGGUCUCGAUCUAGGCACAACUUCUCGCUACGUUCACAACGUCGAAGGCGGCGGUGUUGGUCAGUUCUCCACCGACAACCACCACGAAGAUGGCGGUGGCGCUGGAGGAAACCACCAUCAUCACCAUCACAACCAUAACCAUCAUCAAGGUUUGGAUUUGAUAGCUUCUAAUGACAACUCUGGACUAGGCGGUGGCGGAGGAGCAAGUGGUGAGCUCGUUAUGCGGCGGCCACGUGGCCGUCCAGCUGGAUCGAAGAACAAACCGAAACCUCCAAUGAUCGUCACGCGCGAGAGCGCAAACACUCUUAGGGCUCACAUUCUUGAAGUCGGAAGUGGCUGCGACGUCUUCGAGUGUAUCUCUACUUACGCGCGGCGGAGACAGCGAGGGAUUUGCGUUCUUUCCGGAACAGGAACCGUCACUAACGUCAGCAUCCGUCAGCCGACGGCGGUCGGAGCUGUUGUGACGUUGCGAGGCACUUUCGAGAUUCUUUCCCUCUCUGGAUCUUUUCUCCCGCCGCCUGCUCCUCCAGGAGCGACGAACUUGACGAUACUCCUCGCCGGAGCUCAGGGACAGGUCGUCGGAGGUAACGUCGUUGGAGAAUUGAUGGCGGCGGGGCCGGUGAUGGUCAUGGCGGCGUCUUUUACGAACGUGGCGUAUGAAAGGUUGCCUUUGGACGAGCACGAGGAGCAGUUACAAGUCCAAAGCGGCGGAGCAAAUAUGUACACGGAAGCCACCAACGGAGGUGGAGGCGGAAGCUUGCCGUUCUUCAGUUUACCAAUGAGUUUGCCUCAUAUGGGAGUUGACAACUGGCCGGGGAAUUCCUCCGGCGCCGGUAGGGCUCCGUUUUAGCUACUGUUUUAACAAACUUGAAUUUGUUUUUUUUUUCAUAUUUUCUUUGUGACGGAAUUUAUGGAGUUAUGAUUUUUUUAAAAAAUUGUUCAUGUUUUCUCA